AUGUCUUCGGAGGCGGUAAAAAGACAUAUAUUGGCUGCGAUUCAUACCCUGAAUAUUCCCUUGGACCUAGCACCAAGUUCGACCAAGGUGGAUGAGGUUUGUUCUGCAGCGAAACUGCUUCGUAAUCGCGUUCUUCGAGAAAUCGCACGUGUUGAAAAGUCAAUAGAAAUGUUAAAGCAGAGGCAGUACGGUGACGCUGAUGAGAGCGAGAUGGACGAAGAGGCUAUAUCUGAAAAUGUGGGGAGCUCAAUAGACACACAUAAUCUUACCAGGUACGAUUUUAUGUUUAUAAGCGAAAUGAUGGUUAUGGAAAAUCUUGUUGUUCCGUUAUUACUGGCUCACGGGAUGAACUUUGCGACUUCGCUUUUGCCACAACUGCUAAAGCUUCUCGCAGUAAUGCUUCUACCUAUUAUACCGUGUUCUCAUGAGGUACCACGUCAGCUAGAUUAUGUUCGUCGUCUAAUCGAGCGGUGUGGAACAGAUGACUUUUUCUGGCUCUUGAUUCAGUGUAUUGUUCCGGUCACGGAGAAGCGCUCCAAAGGUGAAGCCCGAAAAGAAGACUCUAUUCUUCUUGAAAUUGUGCUAAAGAUGAUUGCUCUGUUUUUUACGGGUCCAAGAGAAAGUGUUGCGCAAGUUAUCGGUGCCUUUGGCCGAAACCAUGGGAUCGAGCUGUUUCUUGUGGUACUGAAUCAGAAUUAUGCUCGGUAUGAACAUAGAAAUAACAAAGAUAGCAAUGAUGUAGCGGUCGAUCCCAUAUCUCCCUCAGCCGGUACGAGUAAUACAGAACGCUCUGGCGUGAUUGUUCUUGAUGGUGACACAGAUGAGGAAGAUGCGGUGGAUUUGUCUGGGGAAAGCAACUCUGGGGAGGAAUCAAGCGAUACGGGAUCCACUAAUUCUGAGAGGUUUGGUCGAGUUUCAAACCACCUUAACGUUGAUGAUCAAUACAGCGCGCGGAUUGUCGAAAUACUUGAAAGUGAUGACCAGUUAUGGAAGUGGAACACCCACAUCAUUACCGCGAUGUCUGCAAUACUUCGCUGUGCGCAAUCGGCUGAACUUGCAAAACUAAUAUUUACCUCGAAAUUCCGUCAGGGGUCAUCCCAGCAGUUAGCUUCUCUGGCAGAAAAUUCCAAGCGGUUUCGGGAAUUUACGUCUGAGUCGAAGAAAUGGAGACAUGUUGCAAGAAGCAGGAAUGGUGCCGUGAGUUCCAAUGGUUUGCUUGUGCGUGGUACAUCUUCACAUCUGCAGGGAGAGGGAGGUGUGAUUGGAUACACGUCAACACUUCUAGGUUAUCGAACAAAAGAUCCUAUUGAAAAGGUCCGUGAAAUUGACUCAAAAAAAAGAGGCCGUUAUGUAAAAGGAACGUCUGACGAUGCUUCCAUCAUAUGUAACCUUUCUCUACCGACGAAAAUUCAGUUGGCAGAACAAUGUCUCUCGUUUAUAUGCUAUGGAUUUGAACCCUUAAGCAUUAUGGUUUGGGAUCGUCUGGCUAAAUCGAUUGCCUCCUUUAGAGACGCUGUGUGUGAACGGAAAGAGUUCAUAGCGGGACGCAAAUCGUCUGGGGAGGAUGUUGAACUUCCGUCAGAGUUCGAGAAAAGUGUAUACGAGUCGAUGCAACAAGUUCUAAAUUACCUGGAAAUGUGUACCUCAUUACUACGUUACACCAGGGAAGCUGUUCGUUUGAAAAAAGAGGGAAUCGAUGAUGAGCCUUCUCAGUUUUUUAAUCAGCAGUGGAAGUGCAUUUCAAGUGUAAUAACUCUUGAGCACAUAUUUAGCGGCUUUGAGCUGCUGCGUGUACUUUUAAUGUCUCCAGAUUUGAGGCGGCGGUUCGGCGUAUGGACUGUGGCGAACUAUCUUGCCGAACUUUUUAUGACUCUGAACCACCUGGUGGACGGCGACAUAGUGGAGGACCCUCAUGUGAUUGGCGCCGCGCAUGCUUUAGUCUCUUCAGUACUUUACAAGGAGGAAUAUGUCCAGUUGGUGUUCGAUACCAUAUCGAAGACGUCAACCAAGCCCAUUUCUCCAUACCGUGCCAGUGUGCUAGUAUUACUGCUUUACUCCGUGUUGCGACUUAUGGAGAAAUGUAGUUUCGGCGGCCGUUUGUUAUUUCCACGAAGGAAGAAGAAAGCGAGCAAAUUCGUUGUUCAUGAGACGGAGGACAAUGUAGGCAUAUGUUUUAAUGAAGCAGAUAUGCCAAUUGUUGAGUGUGACCCUCAUGUUUCGUCCGAAGCAGUUAAAGAUCGGCCAAUCGCUAAUGGAGAGAUAACCGACCCAUCAACUAUUUCGUCAUUGCAAAUAUCUUCAAAUGUUAUUUCGAUGAAUGAAGUGCCUGAGGGCAGCGGCAGAGUUGAGGAGUUAUGCGCCGGAGACCGAUCCGUUGCAGGUGAAAGUUGGGUUAACUCGACUCACAAUGGCGAAAGGGAAGUGAACAUGCGUCAAUACUUCAAGCGCCUUUCCACCGGACAAAAUGUUUCUGUAUUGCUUUCGUCACUUUGUCACUGGAGAGCGAACGAUUCGGAUGUAAACGAGGGGUUGGAAUUUUUGAUUCGCUCCUUUAUGGCCGAAGGUUGUGUUACCACAUUGUUUAGUGCAUCCUUCCUUAUUACCAUGAGGGAUAUUUUGACCAAUGGUAGCGAAACACACCGUGGGUUGUAUGAGGCAUGUGACGAAGUUAUUUAUUUGUUUUUUAAUCCCCCUUCUGCCAAGUUUUUUGACGAACGGAAGGAAAUCGAGUUCGCGUCUUCUUCUGGUAUUUUACAGGGAUCUGAAUCAUUUCUGGGAUUUGAAGUGUCGUUGCGAUGUGCCCGAUCAUUAUUCUGCUUUAGUUCGACAGAGUACAUGAUUUUAGAGGAAAAGGGGUUUCCUGACUUCAGAGAUUCCACUGUUAUUCCCUUAGCGAGUGAGGGCACAGUGGUCAACGGCUCAGGGAAAGAAAGUGUCGAACUCGGUGUUUUCAGCACAAAGAAACCUCGGGACAAACGAGAGUCGUUGUCAAGACAAAAGGGAGGAAAACGAAGGAAAUUCGACGAUGAAAACGUGGAUGUUUCCAUAGAUGAACAGGCCGAUAUUGCUGUCGGUCUAGAAGUUUAA